AGAAUUUCUUUUCUUCUAAUUUCUCCUGUAACUUGUUUUUCAACCUUCUUAAUAUUGCCAACCAUCUCAAAUACAACACUCGCUCAGUCACUUUCUCUCUCUCUCUCUCCACUAUCAAAACCGCACCCCCCAAAACUUUCUCUCGUAAAUCUGCACCCUAAAACUGUUUUCUCUCUCUCCCACAGUCAAAAUCCGCGCCCAAACGCACACUUUCUUUCGCUCUCUCUAACCAGAGGAAAAAUGGACGCCCUAACUUCCUCCUGUCUACGCCUCCAAACCUUAAAUCCCCCUUCUUUAUGGAACCCACCCUACAUUUCUUACCUUCCCCUGCCCUACACUCGACCAAAUUGCCAUCUUGCCCCCAGGAAACCCCUGCGUUCCCAAAGGAACCCAUUCCUUCUUUUAAGGUCAUCUCAGGCCGAUCAGCCCACCCCUAGCAGUGGGCAACUGGCUCAGGAUAAGCCUACAGAAGAGCAGCAAGAGGAGCCCAAAACCCUAGAAGAGCCUGCAGUGGAAGCGCCGCCGCCGAUAGGAGGCGCCAAUACGAGUGGUGGUGGUGGGUUUUGGGAUGGGGUUUUGGAGGAGACAAGGGAGAUCGAAUGGCCAGGAUUUAACAAGGUUUUGGGGACCACAGGGGUCGUGGUGGCGGUAAUCGUUGGAUCAAGCAUCGUGCUGUUGACGGUGAACGCAGUUUUGGCUGAGAUUUCUGAUAGGGUUUUUGCCGGAAGAGGGGUGCAGGAUUUCUUUGGAUAAGGGGUGUUUUGUUUUGUAUUUUGUUGUUUUUUCAUUUUUUGGUUAUCAGAUGAGUGAGAAUAUUGAGUACUCUCUCUGGUACAUUAGAGUAAGAAUUAACUACCCUCU